GAUUUAUAAAGGGAAACCUACGGUGGCCCUGAGAGGCCAGGGUGCUGCAAAUAAAAGAACGCUGCAAAUAAAAAGAAACAGAAACGCCGCGCAAAUAAAAACGCCGCGAUGCAAAUAAAAAAGCCACAACGGAAGUGAAUUACUGGGGACUAUUAUUGCUGAUGCACAUGCGGUUUUUAUGCAAGAGAAGAAGAAGGCUGGGGGAUCUCCAGGAAACAUCUCUUGGGCAAUGUAUUGUCCAUAUUGUGGGACUGGUGGGUGUUUUGUGAGGUUUUGCGGCUCCUGUGGCAGCAACAUUGAAUGUUUGGCUCCCUUUCUCGAAGAUGGUAAGCUCCUCCUUAAAAGUCAAGAAUUUCACCAGUACAGUGAUAAUGUCUUAUUUGUAUAUGAUUUGUUGCCAUUUUAAUAUAUGCUAUACACAUAUUAUUGUCAGUCAUGGCAAUUUCAACAUGAUUUAGAACUACUGAUAAAAAAAAAUGCCAACAAGUAAAAAAAUUAGGUGUAAUACCAAAGUUGACCAAUUAUGUGCUCCUUCAUGUGCUGAGGGUUGAGCCUUCUGAUGCGUUUAUGCACAAAUACAGGCAUUAAAAGGGUACCUUUUUGUUCGCUACCUCUAGAUUGAUAUGUAUUUUUAUCCUUACCAAUUAUGUAAGUAUCCCAAUAUUUUGUCCUUUGCCUGUUUAUUUCUCUUAUUUUUUGCUCCUCAUGUCUGGAAUUGUUCACGCAUUGAACAUACUGAAAACAUACACUUAUGCAUCAAACAGUUCAGUCACAGAAUCUAAUGAAGGAAUCGAGGCAGGCCUCAUCCACAAGUACUUCAAGGUGGGACACGCUUAUGAAGUGAUACUUGAUUUUCUAGAAAAAAGACACAACAUUUUUCUUAGUCUGAGGACCUUAAAGAGGAGGCUGCAGAACGCUGGCUUAACAAGGACGACAGACUACACUCCCAUUGGCACUGUACACCAAACUGUUGCACAUGAACUGAGAGGCUCGGGUCGGCUGUUGGGUUACAGAGCUAUGUGGCAGACAUUGCAACAAAAGUAUCACCUGACAGUAAAAAGGGAGGAUGUUAGACAGACGAUUUCCAGACUGGAUCCAUCUGGUGUUCAACUUCGUUCCAGGCGAAGGUUUGUCCGAAGGAGCAAACCAAGUGUGGCACGCUGAUGGAUAUGAUAAACUUAAACCCUUUGGUAUUGCCAUCAGUGGCUGCAUCGACGGCUUUUCAAGGAAAUGUAUGUGGCUCAGGAGUGGCAGCACUAACAACGAUCCGGGCAUCAUUGCGCAGUAUUACCUGCAGUGUGUAUCGGCGUUUGGACUACUUCCAGCCUGCCUUCGCACUGACUGUGGAACUGAAAACGGCACUAUGGCAGCCAUUAACUGCACAUUACGAUCUCAACACACAGAUGAUUUUGCAGGAGCCCUCAGUCACAUGUAUGGUACCUCAACUGCAAAUCAGCGCAUCGAGAGUUGGUGGUCUUUCUUCAGAAAGCAAAGGACUCAGUUCUGGAUCGAGCUCUUCAGUGACCUUAGAGAGAGGCACCUCUUCAAUGGGAGCCAUGAGCACAAGUGUCUGCUGCGAUAUGUGUUUUUGGGCAUCUUACAAAAAGAUCUCGAUGAGUACAGACAGCUGUGGAACAACCACACCAUCCGACCUGUUCGCCUGUCUCAGUGUCCAUCAGGUAAACCUGAUGCCAUGUACCACCUGCCUCACAGGUUUGGCGGAAGGGAGUGUGGAUUUCCAGUGUCCUGGGAAGCCCUACACCACUUUGAUGGCAUCAUGCAAGCAUCAUCCCAGUACAAUUUGUGUGGUGAUGAGAAUCUGGAGAUGCAUUUUGUGGACUUGCAAAGACGGAGUGGGUUGGCUCCACCAGUGAACUGGACAGCUGCUGUUCAGAAUUACAUUUCCAUGAAAAACAUGUCUGGAGUGUAGAAUACAUUGCCCCACCAGCCCCCCAGAACCUUUUUUGUGUGUACAAGUUUCCAAUGUAGGUUGAAUAUUAUUUAGAAUGCUGCAAUUCUGAGUAGAUAAGUCCAGUGAAAUAUUCAGCUUGUCAUUAGACUGAAACCUUUCUUUGUUUAAAUAAACAUACAGCAUAUUCAUGUAUUUUGUAAAACAUGUUUAGUGUUACAUCCGUGUUAUCAGUUGAAUGGUCAUCGUCAGAAAAUUAUACACCUAAUAUUUUGGUAAUUGAUUUUAAUUUUGUUUUGAAUAUAAGCAGGUUCCAGCCUGUAAAAUGUGAUUAUUUGCUGGAUUAAUUUGUUCUGUGAGGCUUCACUUUCUGACAUUUUAAAGACCAAGGCGUGUCCGAAAUCACUCUCAUUCACUACUCCCUAUAUAGGGAAUUCUAUAUAGUGAGUAGUGAGUGAUUUCAGACACAGCCCAUAACAAAUUGAUGAAUCAACAAUAACAUUCAUUGCAUCAGUCAUAUAUGCUACUGUUAUUUCUGUUUUCACAGUGGAUCUGAGAAUAAAAUCUUGUGAACCAGC